AUGUCCGGAAAUAAACUGACUGGUCCAAUCCUUUCUACUCUUGGUAAUUUAACCAAAUUGGUAUUUCAGAUUCUUGACGGCAACCAAAUUCAUGGCUUGAUUCUUUCAGAAAUUGGAAAUUUGAAGAGCCUUGGUUACCUGAGCUUAAACCGGAACACUCUCAUUGGCCCAAUCCCUUCAUCUAGUGGUAAUUUGACCAAUUUGAAAUAUUUGUCUCUUCAUUCAAAUCUCUUAGGAGGAUCAAUACCAUAUGAGCUUACAAAAUUACGUUCCUUGUAUCAUCUUGAUCUCUCUGAAAACAAAAUUUCUGGUACGGUUCCCUCUGAAAUUGGAAAACUAUUCAAUAUACAUAAAAUGGAUCUUUCUAGCAACAAAUUUAGCGGACAAAUCCCAGUUCAGUUAACAAAUUGCUCUAGUUUAGAGCGUUUGUCGCUAAGCAACAACCUUUAA